AUGUCUGGUUAUGAUGUUAAUACGGGAUCCGAGCAGCCGUCCGUCAUGGCUGAUCAAACUAUUUCUGAGUCUUACAAAGAUGUUUGCGGAAAACACGGGAUCAGAAUAAACCUGUUUGUUUUAGAAAACUUACAGAAAAUGUCGACAACAAGGAGCCCCUGCCUGAAGCUAGUCGGUAACAGCAAGCAGGGAGGCUGUCACAAACUCUGUGACGAUGACGUCUUUGCUCUGUCAAAAUGCCUACAUAGCAACCGGACUGUUACAGCUCUGGAUUUGAGUUAUAAUAAUGUAGGUGACAGAGGAGCUGGACACCUGGCUGACCUUUUAGAGGAUUCAGCUCUGCUCUAUCUGGACCUGACGUUUAACAACAUUGGAUCAAAGGGGGCUGAACUCCUGUCCAUCUGCCUGAAGGCUAACAGCAACCUGGUCUUCCUCAGGCUGUCUCUGAAUAAGGUCGGUGAAGUUGGAGCCCUCCACCUGGCCCACAUGCUGCCGGUAAACUGGAGCCUGCGGGUGCUGUAUCUGGACCAAUGUGACCUGGAUAUUUCAAGCCUGAUUGCCUUUUGCACCUCGAUUGAAAACAACCAGACUCUUCGUCUUAUUGACCUGAGUCGACCACUGCAAUUGAGCCUCCAGGAGGAGUGGGCCACACACUUUUCUAAGAUGUUUGCUGUGAACACCAGCCUGGUGGAGCUCCAUCUGGGGAAGAUGGGCUUAACAGACACGGGCAUGGAGAGGCUGGCAGAGGGCCUGAAGCGGAACCACACCCUGCGCUACCUGGACCUGCGCUGUAACCGUGUUUCCCAUGAUGGUGCUCUGUACCUCGCCUCGGUGCUGAAAGAGAAAACGGCCAUCGAGAUCCUGAAUCUGUCCAUCAACUGCAUCGAGGACGUCGGCGCGGGUUACCUGAGCGACGCCAUCUCCAGGCCAGGAUGUGUCCUAAGAGAGUUAUCUGUCUGCACAAACAACAUCAGGACUCAAGGUCUGUGCUCCUUGGCUCAGGCUCUGAAAAACAACCCCACUCUGACACACCUCUAUAUUUGGGGAAACCACCCAAAGGAGCCAGCCUGCCGGGCCUUCAGAGAGCUGAUCUCCAGCGGGCGUCUGCCCCCCCAGAACACCGACGUCGAGUCUUACGAGCAGGACGGUCACGUCUUCCUGGCUGAGGCCUUUCAUGGUUUGAGGAAAAGCCUUUAUCAAGCAGAUGGUAACGUUACAGAUGCUACAGUCGGCAGCGCGUCCGAUGGGGCUCCAGAAGACCAACAUUGACUAUUAGUUUGUUGAUCUGCUGCUAUGCUCAUGAUCAAACACAUGUUACAGUGAAAUGUUUUAUUAGGAUGUGCAAAUGUAAUAUUUCCAUGUAAAAGUGUCCAGACAUAAGGCUGGAAUAAAAGUCAUUAAAUAUGUUCAACACACCAAUUUACUUUUUUCUGCUACAUAAUCAAGUUUCUUUUCAAGUUGUUAAAAUAUUUGUGCUUAUUAAAUGUGCAUCAGUCACUUUACGUAUCACACUAUGAAAUGUUUUAUAAAAGUCAUAAUAUUUUGGACAAUAAUGAACGGCUUAUACCUUCCUGGUGGCGGAGAGUUCUGUUUGUUUCAGACUAAAUUUAGAGUUUGUUGAAAUCUUUGUGUUCCAAAAACACCAAUUACUCCUCAGGCUGACUCUCCUCCUGACCGCUCGUCUUCCCGUCUGUGACCUCUGGAUCCCACUCCAGUUGGAUGUUUCUGUUCUUCACGCUGUACUGCAGCUGUCGCCCCUCCUGUGAACCGACCGUCCAGCGCUGCAUCGCCAGCCGAGCCAGGGCCGGCAUUCGAGG